GAGAUAUAUCAUAUAUUAUAUAUAGACAAUGAUAUGCAAACAAUACACGUGAUUUCGUAUGCACUCAACCAAUAUGUAUAUAAGGUAUUUCAUUGUGCUAUUUUACAUAACACUAGUUGAUCCAUCCGGUCUUUUACGUUUCUUAGGCGAGCAUGUUGAUAUCGUAGAAGUUGGGAACGAAGUUCAUAGCCAUUGUGGUCUUGGGGGGAAAUGUCCAGGGGGCUCUCUUAUUAGUUAACUAGUCCCCUAAUCUUAAUUAAGAAAAUGAUUUGUCAAAAAAUUUUAAGGUUCUAGAAAGAAAGAAAAAUAAAACUAAUUAAGGUUUGAUUUUAGUACAUCCAACUAUCCAACUUGGGGGAAAAAACUAUAGAUAAAUCUCAUUAUAUAUCUGUACUUACCACUAACUCAGAAAAAAACUAUAUAUAGUGUACUACUACUUACUAAUUUGCAUAUUUAAAAAACAGUUAUGUAAGCUUUAACUUACUGUAAUGACGACACGUGGCGAGUAAUGAACCGAUAUAAGAAAAGAAACAUUUUAGCUAAUUGUCAAAAACAAAUUUGAUGAAAAGCACGACGACGACAGGUCCCCACAAAAACGCAUAAUAGAUCCAACGGCUGUGAUUUGCUAUUCCCUACCUCGGAGAUUAGACCUUUUUAAAAUAAACUUUUUUUUUCAAUUAUUUCCCCUUUUAAAAUUGUAAUUAUUUAUAUAAAAAAUGAAAACGCAUUUAUUCCGAUUCCUUUUCUCGGUCCCCUCUCCACCCCUCUAAAGUCUAAACCUCGUCUCUCCUUCUUCCUUAAUCAUCUUCUUCCUUUAAUAAUCUCUCAAUCUAGAGAACAUGAUUACUGAACCAGGUCUAACCGGGAUUUCUGGUGCGAUUAAUCGGAAUCGUUUACCCGGUUUACCUGAUCAAUCCACUUCGUUGCUCCCGAAUCAUACCUUCACUCCGGUGACACUCUACGACGGUUUCAAUUUCAAUCUCUCUUCCGAUCGUAGGAACACUGUCCUCGCAGCUCCGCCGGAGAAUUCGGUUUUUAUUCGGGAAAUGGAGGAAGAAGAAGACCCGGCUAAUGAUUUCGAUUUCUCCGAUGCUGUUUUAGGAUACAUUAGUCAGAUGUUGAAUGAGGAAGACAUGGAUGAUAAAGUCUGCAUGCUCCAAGAGUCUCUAGAUCUCGAGGCUGCUGAGAGAUCGCUUUACGAAGCUAUUGGUAAGAAGUAUCCUCCAUCUCCUGAACGAAACUUGGCUUCUUCGUUCGCUGGUGAGAAUCUUGACCGUGUGGUUCCAGGUAACUACACCGGCGGAGAUUGUAUUGGCUUUGGGGAUGGUGGAAACAAGCCACUGAGUGGUGGUUUUACUUUAGACUUUCGAAAUCCUCAGAGUGGUCGUUCAUCGCUUCUAAGUGUUCCGCAAUCUAAUGGUUUGGUUACUACUAGUACUAUCUACGGAGAUGGGAUUGACGAGUCGUCGAAGAAUACUUUGUAUUCUGAUUCGAAUCGGGAGAGUCAUCAAUCUGUAUGGUUGUUCAGGCGUGGGAUUGAAGAAACUAGUAGGUUUUUUCCUCAACAAAACGAGUUGAUUGUGAAUUUUAAAGAGGAGAGUUGUAUGAGCAGAGGAAGGAAGAACUCUAGCCGUGAUGAGACUUGUGUGGAAGAAGAGAGGAGUAGUAAACUACCUGCUGUGUUUGGUGAGGAUAUUUUGAGGUCAGAUGUUGUAGAUAAGAUCUUGGUUCACGUUCCUGGAGAAGAGAGCAUGAAGGAGUUUGAUGCGUUGCGUGAAGUUCUGAAGAAUGGAGUGGAGAAGAAGAAAGCUUCAGUGGCUCAAGGCGGGAAGAGACGACCCAGAGGACGAGGACGAGGACGAGGGAGAGGAGGAGGAGGGCAAAAUGGGAAAAAAGAAGUUGUGGAUUUGAGAAGUUUAUUGAUACAUUGUGCUCAAGCUGUUGCAGCUGAUGAUCGCAGGUGUGCGGGUCAGUUGUUGCAACAGAUUAGGCUGCAUUCUACACAGUUUGGUGAUGGGAACCAGAGAUUGGCUCAUUGUUUUGCUAAUGGUCUUGAGGCGAGGUUAGCGGGUACCGGAAGCCAGAUUUAUAAAGGGAUUGUGAGUAAACCGAGAUCCGCUGCAGCUGUCUUGAAGGCUCACCAGCUUUUUCUUGCGUGUUGUCCUUUUAGGAAGCUCUCUUAUUUCAUAACCAAUAAGACCAUACGCGAUCUUGUUGAUAAAUCUCCGCGGGUUCAUGUUAUAGAUUUUGGUAUCCUCUAUGGUUUCCAAUGGCCAACUCUUAUUCACCGGUUUUCGAAGUAUGGAUCACCAAAGGUUAGGAUCACCGGGAUUGAGUUUCCGCAGCCUGGGUUUCGUCCAGCACAGCGGGUUGAAGAAACUGGUCAAAGGUUAGCAGCGUAUGCCAAACACUUUGGCGUGCCAUUUGAGUAUAAAGCAAUUGCUAAGAAGUGGGAUGCAAUUCAACUUGAAGAUCUCGAUAUAGACAGAGAUGAGGUUACUAUAGUUAAUUGCCUGUACCGAGCUGAGAAUUUGCAUGAUGAGUCGGUCAAAGUAGAAAGCUGUAGAGACACUGUUCUCAAUUUGAUCGGGAAGAUCAAUCCCGAUCUUUUUGUGUUUGGCAUUGUGAAUGGUGCAUACAAUGCACCGUUCUUUGUGACACGGUUUCGCGAAGCUCUCUUUCAUUUCUCCUCGAUUUUCGACAUGCUUGAGACAAUUGUGCCAGGGGAAGACGAAGGGAGGAUGCUCCUUGAGAUGGAGGUCUUUGGGAGAGAGGCAUUGAAUGUAAUUGCUUGCGAAGGUUGGGAAAGAGUGGAGAGGCCUGAGACAUACAAGCAGUGGCACGUCCGUGCUAUGAGGUCAGGGUUGGUACAAGUUCCAUUUGACUCAAGCAUUAUGAAGACAGCGCUGCAAAAGGUCCACACAUUCUACCAUAAGGAUUUUGUGAUCGAUCAAGAUAACAAGUGGCUCUUGCAAGGGUGGAAAGGAAGAACCGUCAUGGCUCUUUCUGUAUGGAAACCAGUUUCCAAGGCUUGACCGAUAACUCCCGUCAACAUAAGAAAGAACCAUAUCUUGUUUUUUUCUCUCCUGUAAUUCCUAGAUACAGCAUUACAGAUGAAAGUCAGUGACAUCCCGAAGAACUUGUUAAAAGAUGAUAUUGAUGUAAGUCCCUAUUUAUAACUUUCUAGAUGGAUAUUUGUUGGUUUCUCAGCUAGGUUCUCCUAACAGUAUUCUUGUAGCUAGGGAUGAUCAGAGAUUUUGUAUAUUGCUAGCAGAGUUAAAUUAUCUAGAUUGUAACACGUAUUAGAGGAAGCUUAGAUGAACUAUGGUUUAAAGAGAAGGUUUUUACUUCUACGAUGUACACACUAGGACCAAGGCUACAUUGAAAUAAGAGGUUUUACUAUUUCUGGAAA